AUGGGUAAAACAUGGAAGAAUAUGCUACCUGAUGCAAUUUGGGCAUACAGAACAGCAUAUAAGACCCCCAUUGGCAUGUCACCCUAUCAACUGGUCUACGGGAAGACGUGUCAUUUCCCAGUUGAGCUUGAGCACAGAGCCCACUGGGCCAUUAAGAAAUGGAACAUGGGCUACAAGCUCGCUGGGAGGAAUAGACAAAUACAGCUGGCAGAGUUAGAGGAAUGGAGAGAAAAGGCAUACCAUAGUGCCAAGAUAUACAAUGAUCGUACCAAAAGAUGGCACGACAAGAGGAUCAAGCCCAAGGAGUUCAAGCCAGGUGACAAGGUAUUAAUGUUCAAUUCCAAGGUAAAACUCUUCGGAGAAGGAAAACUUCGCAGUAAAUGGAAGGGCCCCUACACCGUCGUCAACACAUCUUCUCACAGGGCAAUUACACUCCAGGAUGAUGAUGGUGAGUACUUCAAGAAAUGA